AUGCUUUCCAGAGCGGUGAACGUGCCGCGCGCCUGUUUUGCCAACCGCCUCUCCUCGUCGAUUCUAUCAGCCAGAGCUACGCUAAGCAACCGCAGCUUAUACAGUCGUGGAGAAUGGAUCCAGCAACGAUGCUACAGCUCCGACCCCGUCAUUCAUAGCAAAGAGAAGAUAGAGGCGCUGAUUUCUGGGAGAAUCAGUGAGCGCGAGUUUAAGAAAUCGAACAAGCAGACAUCCAAGCGGUCGUUCAAAAAGUCAUCCAGCCGCAAACCAUGGCGCCGUCGAAAAGAGGAAGAAAUACCCGAUUGGGGGCUGGCACCCUUGGAAAUCGAGGCCAGUCCUGCGGCGCAAGAGGCUAUAGAGCGGCAUUUGGGUGAAGGAUUUGAGAGUGAACUUUCAGAAGAGUUGAGAGAAAUGCUUGCUGAAGAGUCGCUUCUCAAAGAGGAGCCUGUGGCAGAAGAACCUGACGCAGACGAAUGGAAUCAACCAGAGCAAUCUACUUCUCAAGAGGGAGCUGCCAUCACAGAGACUGAUGCAGCCGAACCCAGCCAACCAAGACCCAGGCGUGGGUUCAAAGCCAAGAAAGAUUUCCACGAUGAACUCGUGCAGUCCAGGAGCGUCUCCGUUGCCGCUCUUGGAGAGCAGAUCGAUGCCAUCAUGUUAAAGAAUCCCAACGAAAUGAAGAGGCCCAAGAGACCCGUACGAAGAGUCCAAGAAGAUGCAGCAGAAGCUACGAUCGAGCUCGAUACCGAAAGGGAUAAUAUGGUGGACGUGAAAGAGGAGAGUGAUGAAGAGGCAAUGAGAGCGGCGAUGAAGAAUAUCGAUGACCUACGGCCCGUCGACAAGACGAUUCUACGAAUGAAGGAUUUCGACUCUCUGGCUAAUACCCUGCUGGACGGUUUCACAUUUAACCAACUUGCAAAGUAUUUUAGCCAGAAGCGCCUGGUUUUGUUGUCCAAGCGAGAUCAAGGGAAGCAGUUGCGCUAUCCCUGGAUUGUCAAACAGGAGCCUUGGGUGGCUGCAAAGCCUGACCACUGGGGGCCGCUUAGGCCGAAGCAACGACAAGUGAUCAUGAUUAUGCAGAUUAUAUGGAAUCUAGAGGUUCAAGAGCAGGUUGAAGGCUUAGGCAGAACUCUUGUUUGGCUACAACCUCGCAUCUUUGAGCUGAUUGCCUCUCCUAAUAGCGCCGUACUUGAGCUACUCUCCAGAGACUUUCUAUAUCAGUCUAAUAAGGAGAAAAUCACUACCAGUUUCGACGAUCACCGGAUCAAUAUUUACGCUCGAAAAUCCACCAUUCCCGCCAUCCUCUCCCACCUUGACGAAACAGUCAGAUCAAUUCGGUCCCAGAAAAUCUCCUCGGAUAUCAUUCAAGAGCACGACUUAGACGAGAAGCUUCUCCGAGAGCUAGAACGAAUCACCAAGACGCAUAUUGCUUACGAUGAAAACAAUAAAGAACUUGAAAUCUCUUGGCUGCAGAAGCAGCACCUUGCUUCCACGGGGACAGAAUCUCCUGCUGAUAUCGCUCUGCGACUUCUAUUGGAUCCGACAGCAAAGGAUACCCAAACCAGUGUCCAUAUUAUCACACCAUCAGACAUCAGCGGUAUUAAAGACGAGGCUUUUGUCAGCCAUCAAAGAGAAAACAGGAGUAUGCCUUGGAAAGACAAGCUUAGGCAGUGGUCAAGAUUCGUCACACCAGUUGGCCAAGCUGCCGCUCCAGGAGAUGACGCUUCAACGCAAUUCCCCAAUGUCAUUUCCGAUCUCAGGGCGACAAAAGGAACCGAAUCAGUCCACCAGGUUACAGCCUCUUUCGGACAUGUGCUUCACGGGAAGCAUUCACAGACAGUAGCUGCAAUGACGAAGCAUCGUCGACUGCUUUCUCCUGUUCUUCCCCAUCCGGCAUCGUUUACAUCUAUCAUGGAAGAAGACAAGCUUACAACACAGCGCGCGACGAUUGUUCUCAACUUUUCUCCAGACCCGAAUCAUUCCUUCGCAAAAUAUGACUCCGCGCCCCCCACAAUACAACUGCAACUGCCAGUGAAUCCCGAUAGCGACCUGACCGGCUCCUGUCUUCCCCCUGGCUCAGCCCUCUUUGGAGUUGCAGCACAGCAUAUCAAUGACGUGCUUUUGCCCAGUGAAAGUCUAGAUGUUCGCAUGACACAAAACCAUCUUCUGCCGCUUGAUGCAAGCCAAGAGCCCGUCAAGGAAUUUUUAUCUCAAAGCGAGUUCAAUCUCCCCCAAGGUGUUUUGAAAACACCCAGCAAAGCCAAGUUCUCAAUCCCCAAAGCAUGGGUGACAACGGCUAAAACAACACGCAAGCCUUCCAAGGCCACCAUCAAUGUACCAUACAUAUUUAUGGGAUUGGAAAUUCAUCAAACCGUCCAACUCGAGUUCCAUGGCCACACGCUUUGCUACAACAGCAUUGAUGCAGGCCGACACGGAGGCCACCGGCAAGAGCUUUCUCUUCAAGCCGGCCCUCCACAAGGCACAGACGAACCACCCUUUGUGCUUAAUGAAGCUGAGGCGUCACACUUCCUAUCUCUAGUCGAAGGAGUAGCUACUGGCGAAUACUUUUCAUGGCACAAUGGGUCUCAGUUUAUGCGAGAAACACCAGACGUUGGCACGCUCGAGGAUGAGAUCACAGAGGAUCAAUUGUCAUCACUAGAGGCUGAAGCUGACGAUUUUGAGCAUGUUCAGAGCACGGAAUCUGAAUCGCUGCAAAAUACUGAGCAUGAAGAUGGCCAUCCCUCGACCGAGACAGCCCCGGAACCAUCCGAGGACUUGCAAUCUCCCAAACCUGACGCGGCGGAAGAGCCAGAGCGCAAAUAA